UACAUAUAAAUACCUGUGUUAAGAUGCCCUUGCAAACGUACGGAGAGAAGCCAAAGUCUUUUCUGUUAAGUGAUAACAGUGACGAAUUGUACAUGAUUGGCAGCGAAGCAGGUAGUUAUCUACGAAUGAUGCGUGGUUCCAUUUACAAACGGUACCCAUAUUUAUGGAAACGCAUGGCUACGUCAGAGGAACGAAAGAAAAUGACAAAAUAUGCAAUCCAUCAACUACCCGCUCAUGUUAUGAUUGUGAAGGCACAAGAAAUUGAGGAUUUAAUUGAUGGUAAAGAUGCAAAAUUUAAAAGUGAAAAUGCUCUAAGUAAAGAAUCCCCACAGUCUUCAGGAAGUAAAACUCGUCAAAGAGGAAAGCAAGAUGUGUGGCAGCCAAGUAUACCAAAUAGUUCUCAUCACUUGGAUGCUGUACCAGCUGGCACUCCUAUAAGUCGUCAUCGUGUUGGGUCAAAACGUGUUAAAACAUUUCCAACAUGUUACGAUGAUCAUGACAUGGCCGCAAUACAUGAAGCUGCAAAAGAACCAGAAGAAUUAAUCCCAAUAAGGCUUGAUAUCGAGAUAGAUGGUCAAAAACUUCGUGAUACUUUUACUUGGAACAAGAACGAGAAACUUAUAAGCCCCGAAUCAUUUGCAGAAGUUCUUUGCGACGACCUAGAUCUCCCAACACUGACUUUCGUACCAGCUAUUGUACAAGCCAUGCUGCAGCAAAUCAAACAAAACAGUAUAGAGUCGGAAAUAUCUUUAUCAGAGAUGACCGAUCAGAGAAUAAUUAUCAAGCUUAAUUUGCACGUUGGAAAUGUAUCACUGCAAGAUCAAUUUGAAUGGGACAUGUCAGAACCUUUAAACGAUCCGGAGCAGUUUGCUUUAUCUCUUUGUACCGAACUCGGCUUGGGAGGUGAAUUCGUUACUGCCAUCGCAUAUAGUAUACGUGGCCAACUAAACUGGAAUAGAAAAACGUAUGCUUUUAGCGAAAAACAGUUACCCACUCUGGACAUGGCCUUACGUACUGGAAUGGAUAUCGACAAGUGGUGUCCAUACCUCGAAACUUUAACAGAUGCUGAAAUGGAGAAAAAACUUAGAGAUCAAGAUCGUAAUACGAGGAGGAUGCGUCGACUUGCAAAUACGUAUAUCUAGGCGUUGCAGUAUCGCGUGUUAUUUGGAAGAUGUUAACUUAUUUGACGUGUUUGAAGCCUUCUUUUUCGCAAAGACUUUGUGGUGACGUCAUUCAUCCUGCUUCUAUUACAACAGUUUUACUAAACAUAUAAAUUUUGGAUGUACAUUAUUAUUGAACACUUAAAAACAAAGUGUGAUUUAUCGGCUCAAUUAUUAUCACCUGUGAAUUAUUUAAAGAUAACGAAACUAAAUUUUCUUUUAGUAGAAAGCGGAAAUGCAAUGCGCUUUCAAAUACCAAGCAUGUAUUAUUUGCAAUUUUGUUUGUCCUCCUCGAGUAUUAUAAAUUGUUGACAACUUAAAAAAUCGUUUAUUGGAAAAGUUCAUCUUUAUACUAUUUUGCAUAUAGUUCAUUACGUCUAAGAGUUGUUACAGUUGGAGCGCGUAUAUUUACUGAAUUUGAUAACAAAAAAACAUUUCACGAACAUUGUGUAUUUUCGUGUACAUUUAAUGAAUUACAUUUUAAAAACUUUC